AUGUCGGACGCUAUCACUGCUGAAAGUGCGCAUCAAGCAACAAGCAAAAGAAAACCACCAGAGGUAGAUGUUGAAGUGCUAGAGAUUGAAAAUCUCCCGGACCACUCAAAGCCGUGGGAAAACAUCCAAAGAGACUUUCUACCGGUCCAUUUUCUUCUGUUGACGGUAAAGGACUGCGAAUUUCUAAGUUGUCUUUCCUUUCUCAAAAAAGGUUUCGUGAAGAGUAAUUGCAAACCCCUUGGCAUUGUAUACUUUGGAAAUGUCCGUGACAACAAGCACGAGGAAGUGAAGGUUGCAGUGAUGAAAUGCAAUAUGGGUGGUGCCACUCCCGGUGGUCCCCUGAUUGUUGUCCCAAAGGCAGUCCGCAUCUUAAGACCGAAAGCUGUGUUUAGUGUGGGUUUCUGUGCUAGUUUAAACGAGAAGAAAGCAGAGCUAGGUGAUGUGGUCGUGUGCUCAAAGUUAAUUACCUACGCCUUCAUAAAACGAGAGGGAGAUAUGAUCCAGGAGCGAGGUGUUAAAGUUCCUUUAAAUAGGGAUUUGGCAGCUCUUGCCAGACACAUUGGAGAUGGAUGGAAACCACCAGUGAAGUACUCAACCGGUCAGAAGGUGAAACCACGCAGAGAUGGCGUAUUUCUGAGUGGGCCUGAGGUGAUUAACGACAGAAAAAGACGUGAUGCACUGAUCAAACGAUAUCCAGAAGCAACAGCAAUUGAGAUGGAAGGGGAAGGUAAUUAAUGAAAAGUAAAACUACGUAUUUAUGAUUAUUUAUAUCUGUGAAGGGUCCUGUUUGGCCAUCUGUCUUUCCUUCUGGCUUUCUGCCUCUAAUGUCUGUUGGCCCCUUUUUUUGUCUGUUACACAUGCUAGGAUACAUUUAGCUGCUGAAUUAAGUUAAGUUCUAUCAUCAUUUCAUUUUUAUUUUUUAAAUUUUAUGCUGGAUUGUUGAUGGAUAAUAACUGUAAGUAGUAUUUUUGACCGCCUUGCCCCCAAAGAUGAAUAAAAAUUGCAAGUUACAUCAAAAUUAGCCCAACUUACAUUCAUAAUCAUAACAAUCGAUUCUCCCUGAGCUUGGAACGAAACAUGUCUAAGUGGCGGAAUAUCAGCUACAGUUAAACGGCAGUUGCAGGAGGAGUAAAAUCCACAUUAAAAAUAUCAAAAACAAAAACAAGAACAAUGAAAAUUAAAACUCUUGUGCCUUUUUUUUUUGUUGUUGUUUUUUAUAUUUUACUUCGUUUUCGCUCUCUUCAUUUCUUCUUUACUUGCUCUCCAUCACUUUGUGAAACAACUUUUCAUAUCCAUCCCUUGAGGUCUCUCUGUAUGUCUGCGUUUCUUGCUGUUUAUGUGUCUCUCUAUUUGACCUAGUCGUUUCUAUUUGUCUGUGUCUCGCUGUUUCUAUCUGUCCUUUCGUGAGUCUCAUUUAAUUUUUUAAAAAGGCAAUUUAAAACCCCGGGGUCUAUUCAGUGUCUCUUAUAGGCCAAAAAAUGCUUUUCUUCUAGGUCUUUUCGUAGCUGCCCAUGAUCUCGACAUUGAGUGGAUUGUCAUUAAGGGCGUGUCAGACUUCGCCGAUGGGAACAAAUCUGAAACUGAUCUUUGGAGACCAUUUGCCAGUGUUAUGGCAGCGUCUCUAGUUUCACACACUCUAAAAGAUUCUAGAGUUUUUGAGUUCUGGCCUCACUUCGAAGGUAAGUGUUCAGUUGGUUGA